GGGCCCGACAGGUUCAGUGUCUCUUGCGAGUUUGUUAUUUAAAAGUGACGUUUACUUGGAUUUUACUUAUUUAUUUAAUUUAAUAAAGAAUAUAAUUAAAAUAAAUGUCAAAAUGAAAUAUCACGGAAUAUAAUCGAAAACAUUCAUACAGUGAGAGUUUUGCUUGGUUUUAAAAUGUAAAUUUAAUUUUAUUUAAAAAAAUGAACCCAGUGAAAAUAUGUGUGUGUCUAUUUUCCCUUUUGCUGGGAACGGGUGUCAUAAGCACUCGAUGGCUGCAGGACACAGGCGACGAGUGGAUCAACAUCCGUACGCGCCUCUUGUACCCGUCUAGUUUUGUGAGCGUCCGAGUUAACGUGCACGGGGAGCGGGAGCUCCGCAUCUCGCACAAGAAGGUGCUUGUUCUCGAGACGUUUCUGCCGAGCGGUAACUCGCCAGAGUUUGACAUGGCCUUCAGGCAGGUGACGGACGGACGCCGGAUUUUGCAGGCCGUUUUUCAGGGAGAUAUACUUAAAGAGUGUGAUUUUACCUCUGAUUCAAAUAUCUUACUAGAUUUUGUAUCAAACUUUGUAACUAUGGCACCGGAGUCUAGCGAUUUUGGAGAUGUCUUCUCCGCGGCAUGUUUAACAAAUAUCACAGCAAAGAAUACAUCAAUAGCGUAUAUGUCGUUUAAAAGUAUAUUGCAAUUAAAAGAACUAGCAGAUCUUACAGAUAUAAAAACCCUUCGACGACAAUGUCGCAGGUUUUUAAAACUUGCCUCUGCAACGGCAAAAAAAGAAGCAAAAUCUGGGAAAUUUACAGAUAUUUACGAUGAAUUACUCCAAAUGAUUGGCCGUAAAACUUUGAAAAAUAACGACACACUUGAUACACAGCUAGACGAAUCUGAAAACUCAGAAACGGUAAAUGGCUCGUCUUAUAGUGAAACUUUUUCCCGAGACCAUAAUAUAAAGAGGCGGUCGACGGCGCCGCUAGAACUCAAACACCGUUCCAAGCGGGGCACGUUCGAUAUGAGCAGCGUGCUAAUUUUUCCGGGUACAAAGUGGUGCGGGAAGGGCGACCUGGCCCGCUGCUAUGAUGACCUGGGCCCGGACAUGGAGUUAGAUAUGUGCUGCAGGGACCACGACUGUUGCCCCUACGUGAUCCCGCCCUUUACCUCCCGGUUCAACCUCUUCAAUUACCGCUUCCACUCUCUGCUCCACUGCGACUGUGAUCAGAGGUUCCGAGGCUGUCUACGGAGUUCCGUGUCCACGAUGGCCAGCAUGAUCGGCAAGAUUUACUUCAACAUCCUUGGCAGCAAGUGUUUCCGGCUCACGGAGUCGAAAGUGUGCAUGGAACGCUCCUGGUGGGGCCGCUGCCAGCGGUACGAGAACCAAACGACCGCGGCUGUCGUAAACCAGGUCUCCUUUCUUGAGGACGACAGGGGCGCUGAAACGGACAAUCAUAACUCUAGCACGUGAACAUCAGAGAUUACGGAAUCAGUUCUUUGAGAUUUGGUCGUUUUACUUUGUGUCGUUUGUGAAAGGAUAAUAUAUGAUGCGUUUUCAAUAAAACAUGGAUAAUGACCGUAUAUAGACCACGAAAUAGACAUUGGGAUGAGGUCUGUUACUUGAAGGAAAAUAGUUCUAGCAAUAUCUAGUUUAUAUAAAACUGAUAGUUAUGUUGGGAUAGCGCCUGUAACUUAAAAGACUGUAAGGGCAUACUACUGAAUAGAACAGUUUUCAGCAUAUAGUGGACGUGACGCGAUCCCUUCGGUAUAGAAGUAGAUAUUUAUAUUGAUGUCGAGUUAGGAAUGGUAAGAUUUCUUCGACCAAGCUGUGCUUUGACGUAAAUAUUUCAUUUACAAGUUCUAAUAAAGAAAGCAUAGUUAAAAUGUUUAAUACUUUUAAACAUGAAUCAUUUCUAAAUCCUUUCAAUUAAUUUAAUAAUAAGACAUGAACAAUUGAAAUGACUUCAUAUGUUUUUUAUAAGUUAUUAUUUCUUCAAGAAAAACUGUUAAACGUUUAUAAAAUUGCCAUGUAACGUUAAUCAUUUAUGUUAUUUAUUGCUGUAGUAACACGGUCAGUGUAGCUGUUCUUUUGAUAAGCCUUUCUGUAACGGGUAAACAUGUGUUUGUAGUUUUUGUUAAUUUUCAAUUGUUUAAAUAAAACAUACAUUUUA